GAGGCAGAGUCUCUCAGCUCCACCGGUCCCAGCCUGAUGCGUCCCAUUGCGCACAGCACAGUUUCCAACACUGCACACCUCACCAAGCACGCCCCGGAUUUCUCCAAAUCUCACAACGACUAGUUGGAAAGAUAAAUCCAACUUCAUGACUCAGUAUGUUUCAUGUCAGGACGACAGAGGAUCUAUGACAGGAAGCCUUGGGGGAGUUUAAGUACAGCGGAACAAGGACGAGUCUUGGUUUUCUCCCCUGCGAGCAGUUUGCGCAAGGUGAUACAAGACAGGCUUAUGUUGUGACUGGCUGAUGGCCACGCUACAUGGAUUUCUUCACCAGCUGUCACUUAAGAUGUUAUCUACCACUCUUUAGGCUCUAGGAAGUUGUUCGCCCCUUCACAUCCGUCCUUAACUUCAGUCAGUGGGCAAGUCUUAGCGCGACAGGAUGAGCUCGAAGACUGGGGAAGCUCCGCAGAAACAGACGCUCCUGUGGUUCAUUGUAGUGUCCCAGUGUGUUCUGGCACUGGGAUGCGGACCACACUAUGAAAACCUAAUUGAAGAAAUCUGCCUGGCCAAAUUCAGGGAGGACAUGCAAGAGCUGGAUCAGAGACACUGGUGUAGCUGGGAAGACACAGUCGAACUUUAUGGUGACCUGACAAACUGCACUUACCUGGUGGCUCUGAAGAUGGAGUGCUUCUGGCCCAACCGGCUGGUGGACGAGUUCUUCAUCCAAAUCCACAGGCACUACUUUCACAACUGCUCGCUCUCUGGACGGCUUCUCAGAGACCCACCCAACCGCAUCCUGGGUCCCUUCAUUGUGGUGCCCGUAGUAGUCACCCUCCUCAUGACAGCUCUGGUGGUGUGGAGGAGCAAACGCAGCGAGGGGAUUGUGUAGUGAAAGGUAGUAGGGAGGCCAGAGUCACAAGACUCAAGAUAAGAGGUACUUUUUGUCCCUAGGGUUUCACUGUUCUUACCUUCAGUGACCAAAGGAUCUCUUUCCUGAGUGUGACUAUGUGAGGAAAGUGUUUCAAUAGGACAAGAAUCACUAUAUUGUGAACCUGAGAACCUGGAAGAGGAGCUAAAUGAGACAGACUUUAGUGAUCCUUCAGUGCAUCUACAUCAAUACAAAGCCUUUGCAGCUGGUACUGAUAUACCAGUGUUUUAAGACUGAAAUCAUUUCUUUCUCCUCAGCCUCCCCGGGAAAGUCUAUGCCAGGGUACU